AUGUCUUCCGCCCUCGUUGCCCGCUCCGCGUUCAACAGGAACGUCGCUGCCGCUCUUGCGCGCAGGUCGCUGCGGCCUCUCGCUGUGCAAGGAGCGGCGGACUCUGCGUACGUUCCCGGUGGUCCGAUCUACAGGGGCACCGUCAACGACCCCACUCCCUUCCCUCCUCCCUCCAAGACUCACGGCUCGUACCACUGGGCGUUCGAGCGCAUUCUCUCUGCUGGUCUCGUCCCCCUCACUGUUGCCUCGUUCGUUACGAGCGGCACCAACUACCCCAUCAUCGACGGCCUCCUCGGCGUCAGCUUGGUGAUGCACAGUCACAUUGGCUUCGACUCCAUCCUCGUCGACUACCUCCACCCGCGCAAGUUCCCCGUCCUCGGCCGCGCCUUGACGUGGGUCCUCCGCGCGACGACCGUCGGCGUCCUCGUCGGCGUAUACCAGUUCAACACGAACGACAUCGGUCUCACGGAGCUCGUCGCGAAGGUGUGGCACGCAUAG